AGCCGUUGCAGGGCCCUUAGGGCUCUGAGACCUCUCUUUUUGGCCCUGAAAUAUCCGGCCCGGUGGCCCAGGACGUUCCAGUCGCCUGUCAGAGUGCUGCGGACGAUGCCUGUGAGGUCCUUAGUUCUUCUAGUUGCGCUGUUGCUAUGGCCUUCGUUCCUGCCGGCGUAUCCGAGCAACACUGUGACAUCUGAUGAAGAAAAAAAUGUGAAUCAUUAUGUACAAGUUUUACAGAACUUACUACUAAGUGUUCCCACUAGGGAGCCAGCCACUGAGAAAAAAUCAGAGUCUCCAAAUACUGUUUACUCUAUGAAAACGAAGGUAUCAAAACUUAAGGCGAUAAUUACACCUGACAAAGCUUUAGCUGAGAAUGUUGUAACGACCCCUGUGAGUGAUAAAAUUACAAGUUUCCCGACUAGAAGCUUCUCACCGGAACAAAGGAGGAAAAAACAUACUAAAAGCACAGCAUUCUGGUCUAUUAAACCAAGCAAUAUUUCUGUUGUUUUACGCGCAAAGGAGCCUUAUGUUGAAAGAGAAGAGCCAGAGCCAGAGCCCAAAGUCAAACAAACCGAGGCCCCGAUGUGGCCGUAUGUCACUGAGUAUCCUCCCAGCUCUUCAAGUGGGAGCACCGACUGGGAUACCUCCACGGAUCUAGAAGAUGUUCCUCAGCUCUUAGGCGAUUAUGAAACACAAACAUUUGAAAAACACCCACUCGUUUUGGGUAAUGAAGAAAUUUUGAAAAAAAUUUCAGAUAUUAGUUCAAAAGUGCAUCAGGUACCUCUUGCUGAGAGCCUCAAGCCAGAGUACAGAGCGGACAUUCAAGCCGUCAGAGAGCAGCUGAAACGGAGCCUCGCCGUCGCAGCGGCGGCAGAACACAGAUUAAGUAAGAUGUAUAGGUCCCAGGUAUUACCACUAGGGCAAAGCAGUUAUGAAACUGAUGACAUUGAAACUGUUAUUAACACGCUGUAUAAUUCUAGAACAAAGUUAUCUCAGUAUUUAGAUACUAGAUAUGUUCCAUCAGAGAUGAGAGAAAAAGCUAUUACAGUAAUCAAUACAUUGAAAAAAAUAUUAUGUGUAAGUCGACUAGAAGUUCAAAACCUUAUUAGGAAGUUAUUAAACAAUAAUAUAAAAAUUUUAAACCUACUUGAUGUUCCAUGACAAAGGUGACUUAGGAGAACUUGGCAUAUAUUCAGAGGUGAAAUAAGCAUAUUAGUGAUUCAAAAGUUGUAUAAAAAUAUUUCCUAUUGCUCAAUGUGCUAACAUCUUUAUGUCACAUGUUAUGAAAAUUUUUCAUAUGCACUAAUAUGCUUUAAAAUUUAAAAUAAAAUUUUGGUUCAGGA